AGUGGGAAAAAAGACAAUUCACUGAUUGAGGAUUCAGAGAGGCAUCACAGGGAGCUUCUCGUGUACUGGUAUGGUUUGAUUCAUAAUUUCAGUAAUGUAAGGUCACUUGAAGCCAUUGGAACUGCGACAAUUCCAGUUCUCAUUACUUUGUUGAGUUUGAUUGUCCCGGUAUUAGCGAAAGUUUCUUGGUGUUUCUUAUCAUGCAUGGAUCGUGGUCGCAUGAAUGAAGAGCCAAGCGAAUUUCAUCUGGCGGGUGAUAUUCUGACUACAAAUGACAUAUCCAAACUAGGUGCAGAACUGGCAGCUCUUAAGAAUCUAGGACAACUUAAAGUCCGUUCAGGCGGGAUUGUAUGGAAGAAACAAGGAGGUGGCAAGGCUGUUGAAGUUGAUAAAUCUGAUUUGAUGGGGCUUACGUGGAUGAAGGUUCCGAGGUCUAAUCAACUUGGAGUUCGAACCAAAGAUGGCCUUCGCUAUAAAUUCACUGGUUUUCGGGAUCAGGAUGUUGCUAGUCUGUCUACAUUUUUUCAGUCUAAUUUUGGGAAAACUCCAGAGGAGAAGCAGCUCUCUGUUAGUGGAAAAAACUGGGGAGAGGUUGAUUUAAAUGGGAAUACACUCACUUUUCUGGUGGGUGGUAAGCAAGCAUUUGAGGUAUCACUAGCUGAUGUUGCACAAACUCAACUUCAAGGAAAAAAUGAUGUAACUUUGGAAUUCCAUGUAGAUGACACAACUGGUGCCAAUGAGAAAGAUUCGUUAAUGGAAAUAUGUUUCCACAUCCCCAAUUCGAACACUCAAUUUGUCGGGGAUGAAAAUCACCCUUCUGCUCAGGUGUUCAAAGAGGAGAUUGUCUCUGUGGCAGAUGUUGGAGCUGGAGGUGAGAAGGCCGUUUUUACUUUUGAUGGAAUUGCCAUACUCACCCCAAGGGGACGAUAUAGCGUUGGACUUCAUCUCUCAUUUUUGCAUUUUCAAGGACAAGCUAAUGACUUCAAAAUUAAGUACAACAGUGUCGUUCGUGUCUUUUGGCUACCUAAGUCUAAUCAACCACAUACCUUUGUUAUUGUGACUCUUGACCACCAAUUAGGAAAGUUUGAGACCAAUGCUGUAAUAGACACCACCUUAUCAAUGAGUGAUGAGCUUUAUAAUACCAGGUACAAGGACAAGCUCCAGCCAGAGCAUAAGGGACUGAUCCAUGAAAUCUUCAUUACAAGUCUGCGUGGUUUGUCUGGUGCUAAAGUUACAAAACCAGGGAAGUUCCGUAGCAGUCAGGAUGGUUACGCCAUGAUAUCAUCUCUUAAAGCUGAAGAUGGAGUUCUUUAUCCACUUGAAAAGAGCUUUUUCUUUUUACCCAAGCCACCCACUCUCAUUCUGCAUGAGGAGGUACAAUAUAUAAAAGGAGUC